GUCCUCAGCACGGAAUUUAUGAAAACCAGAAGAAGGCGUAUGUCUGCAUGGGCUUCUGAGGCAGACGUUCUCCUAAACGAUAUAGAUUUGCUUAACCCACCAGCAGAGCUUGAGAAGAGGACGCACAAGCUCAAGCGACUUGUUCAGUUCCCAAACUCAUUUUUCAUGGAUGCGAAGUUGAGCAAGGCAAACCAGGAGCUCUUUUACAUGAUGAGUCCACCAUAUUUUCAAGUUUCGCUAAAGCUUCGACAAUGUGAUCACCUAAGAGCUAUGCAUCUGAGGGAGCCAGGAUCCUCACCCCAAAAGUGGGCUCGCACACAGGUAGCCGCUGGGACCAGGGUGGCUUUCUAUCAUGAUGAAAUCAAACUUUCUCUGCCUGCAAUCUGGACACCGUCACACCACCUCUUGUUCACUUUCUUCCAUGUUGAUCUUCAAACAAAAUUGGAAGCUCCAAAACCA